AUGGGUCAGUUCGAGAUUCUUGGGAAUUUGAUGUUACCUCUAAGGAGUCUGGACAGUGCUUUGGAGAUCCUUCUGGUAGGGCGGCCGAUGGGUGGGACUAUUCGGCAAGCUGCUGAGACUGCUUUACCCAGGUCGUCUGGCCGGCCUCCUCCUCAGUUUGCUGUCCGAGCUCCAAAGAGGUUCUGGGCUGGUGAGAGGUCUGCUCCUUCUUCCGAGAAGAGAAAAGAAAUUUCCUUAAUGCCCCCGUCGUCUUCUUUUGAUAUAAAUGGAAGUGGAGAGAAUGAUCAACUCAUUGUUCCCUUUAAUGUGAAGUACCAGUACAUUUCCCGGAGGCUCUUAGAUACUCCUCUGUAUCUGAUUCGAGCACCUUUUCCAAAUGAAAGGAUAGUUCUUCCUUACCCACCCCCUUCGGGUUUGGUGGAUCCCCAAGAGGCUUCUGAAGUAAAAAUGGAUGAUAUCAAGUUUCCCAAGAACUUUGUCCUGUCUCGGGACAAUAUGCAUGCGAUUUUUGACGCUUUUGGGGAUGGGCGUUCAGUGACUGAAAUUGCUGCGGAGAUGGUUCAAUCUGCUUCCUCCAAGAAGGUUAGCCGACCUCCUGUCAAAGCUUCUUCUAGAGCUUUGAAGCCGAGCUCCCGCAGCACCAAGCCGUCUAGCCGCGGUGGGUCGAGCUCAACUCUUAGGCCUGCUGAAGGGUCUAGGUCUGCCCCAGCUUCCUCGGAGGGCGUGGGAGGAACCUCUCUUCCUAUUGUGGAGCAGACCCCUACCGUUGAACAAGUAGAGCAGGGUAUUGCCCAUUCUCCUGGAGGGGUGUCAGGGGAAAAAUCUGAGUUCCCUGUUACUAAAGACAAGGAGGCCUCUGGGACAGGAAUGGAGAUCAUCCUCCUAGAUGACCAAGUCUCAGAUGUUUCUGCUCAAAAUGCCCCUGCCUCUGUGAGGAUUGGAUCUGAGGGCGCUCUACCGAAGACCGGGGAUAAACGCCCAGCCCUAUCCGAAACAUCUGCUCCAUCUCCAGCUCGGAAGAAAUCCAAGGCUGCCACAGGACCUUCUCCAGCUCUUCCUCCCCUUGGGAAAAAGAAAGGUGUUCCUGCUGUGCCUUCAUUGUCUCCUUCCGGCAACGUUCUAAGUGCGUCGGACAUUACCUCCGAGUCUCCGGCCAGUGCUGCGACGGGCCUCUUUAUGGAGGUGGAUGCUCGUGAUGGCUCCCUCCAGGAGUCUGUAGACCGCCGAAUUGAGGAGGCGCGUCUGGAAGAGAACUUUUCUGCAACCAGUGACGCAAGGGGUAAUCUGGUAGCUGCUCGAGAGCAAAUCCAGUCCCUCCAGGUGGAGCUGCGUUCGGCGCUAGAGGCCCUUAAAAAGGCUGAUGAGAAGACGGCUGAGACAGCAGGGUAUACCAAGUCUUUAGAAGCAGAGCUGUCUCAGACUCGUGAGGUUCUCAGAGUGUCUGAUGAGAGGGCAGCUGCUUUGGAGGUUCGCUGCGAAGGGGUUUUAAAGCAGCUGUCUUCUAUGACAGAGGCCCUUAGCGAAAGGGAUGAGGCCGUGAGGCAAAAAGCUGAGGUCCAGCAACAAUAUGGGGUCUUAAAGGCUGAUUUUGAAGAGCUUCAAGCUCAACUGGAGGAAGCGAAGGCUCAGAAGGAAGCAGCCCUAGCUCGGGUGGAGGACUACAAGGACUCUUCCGAGCUUAAGGAAUUUGUGGCUGAGGCCUGUGAAGCACAUCUUAAUGAGUAUAAAGCUUCUGGUGAAAUGGGAGCGGCUGUUCUUAAGAAAGCCUUCCGCAUGUAUGUGACCGGCUAUAAUCGUGAUUUAAGAGAAGCCAGACACGCUCCUGAUACUCCUUUGGCCGAGCUUCGCAAGUACGAAGCGAACUCAGAUGAUUGCCGGAGGAAUAUACGCCGGCCAGCUGAGUCUUCUUCGGAAGAGUCCGAGCUAGAGGGGGAGGACGUGGAAGUCCUUGAGUCAGGGAAGGAUGACCCUAACUCUGAGAAGGAGGAUCUCCACCUUGAGUCAGAGAUAGCUCCUGUUGUAAACGUUGAGGGCUCUGAUCCAAGGGGUUCCGAGCUUCCUUCAGAUGUGACUGCAAGUGUAAAUAAUGUAGGCGAGGGUGUGCUUACUGAUGUAAGUCCUUUAAGGACUAUUUAUCCCCCCACCUUGUCAGAAGGAUAA